AUGGGCGACUCGCGGUGCAGCUUGUCGCCACUCGAGCCGUCGCAUGACUACGGCAAGCUUCGUUACGCCUAUGCUGCUGACUCCAUCGAAGGCGGUGCCCUUCGAAGUGGGGGCCCGCUAGAGCUUUUCUCGCGACAGUACAUUGGACUCGUCGCGCAGUACGCCGCUGUUGGAUUUAUCGACGGUGUGCUGCCCAACGUGAUCUAUCCUUUCUUGCAGAACUAUCUCAAUAUCCCCGGGUCGCAAACCACUACAGCGAGCGUGAUGGUCCAGUUGCCCUGGAGUUUCAAAGUGUUUUACGGCAUUGUGUCGGACUGCUUUCCACUGUGGGGCUACCGUCGUCGGCCUUAUAUGGUCAUGGGUUGGAUCGUGUCGAUUGCUAUGCUCUUGGGAAUGGCGCUCACGCCUGCGGGGCGUCCGUACUUCACCGACUCGCAGUACCGAGACGUAAAGCCGGAAAACUACACGCCCGAAAUCAUUGAAACGAUCAAUUACGAUGCUGCCUCCCAGGGCAGCAUGUACAUCGUACCAAUGAUGGGGUGCGUCUUUGGGUACCUGAUGGCGGAUGUGUGUGCCGAUGGCAUUGUGGUGGAGCUAGCACAGCGCGAACCGAUCGAGAUUCGAGGAAAGACGCAAACCGUGAUCUACACGACGCGCUAUGCGUUCAACAUCCUCGGUCUUAUCCUGGUCGCGUUUUGCUUCAAUGGUGACGAAUACGGCGGUGACUUUGACUUCUCGCUGUCCUUCCCGAUGCUCAUGUCGAUCGUGGCGUUAUUGAUCGUACCGAUGGUUCCCAUCACGUGGUUUUUCAUUUACGAGGAGAGAUGUCACAACCAUCACAAGAGCUUCACGCACUACAUGCACGAGCUCUGGGAUAUCGUGCAGACGCGAGCGGUGUAUCAGUAUAUCGCGUACCAGACUAUUUCCGGCAUUUUCGCAACGUUUACAUGGGUAUCCAGCUAUCCUAUCCAGACCAACUGGGUGAACGUAUCACCUCUUGCAGAGAAAGUUGCCGGCUACUUUACUACAGCCGUGUUUGCCAUCUCGGUUUGGUUUGCCGGCAACUACGGUCGCGAUUGGGACUGGCGUCGUACUACCGUCGUGACCAUGGUUACGAACCUAGCGCUGGAUGCAGUAGUGAAGCUGUUGACAAUUUGGGACGUUACCCGUUCGCCUUGGUUCUGGCUCGGUAUUCCUAUUAUUCAGCAAAUUCCUCAAGGCAUCAUUUACAUUGUAAGCUCGUUCAUCAUCGUGGAGCUGUCUACGGAAGGACACGAAGGUGCAAUGUACGGUCUUCUCACGACGGUCUACAAUCUCUGCACCCCAUUUUCAGCCGCCAUCACACGGAACGUCAAUGGUCAGUUCGACUUGUCGACGGAGCGGAUCCAGAACGACAGUCACGACGUACGAUACGACGUGACCAUCACGGUGUUGAUCAUGUGGGCGAUCAACUUAUUGUCGCUGUCCUUCUUGCCCAUGCUUCCUCGGCAAAAAGAGCAGACGCACGUGAUGAAACGUCUUGGUGGCUCUAGUUUCUUGAUGGGCAUGAUCACGGCAGUGUAUCUGAUACUGGCGCUCAUUUGGUCCGUUACGACCAACAUCUUGAGCACCUACGAUUCUACCGCGUGUCUAGUUAUUGCUGGUGGUGAUGGCUGCUAG